AUGCUCGGGCCCGAGAACAGCAUCGGGCCAUGGCCCUCCGAGGUGAGCGGGGAGUACGGCGUGCGAGGCCCGCACUUUUUCGUCAAGUACAGCGAGAGGCUCAGGCCCCCGCCCACCCGCGAGCUCCUGGGCUCCAUCCGCGAGGACUGGGAGACCCCCAUGCAGAAGCUCACCAACCACGAGGUGAAGCUCGCCGACGUGGGCCCCGAGUCCUGCUACCGGGUCCUGCUGGAGGAGACGCGGCGCCGCGCACGGGGCUUCGCCGUGGGCUCGGCGGGGGGCGGAGUCGGCCCCGCGCUCGCGGCCAUGAGCGCGGCGCCGCGCCCCGCGGUGCUGCGCCGGCUGCUGGCGCCUGGCGCGGACGUCGGCUGCCACUGA